GCAGGGCUGGGUCGGGCGGCGGCAGCUGACGCCGAUCAGGCGGCGGCUGGCGCCGCUCAGUCAGCGACAACUCGCUGAGGAGGAGACGGCUGGGGCUCUGAUACCAUGAUAAAUUUUAAGAGAACUAAUCUUUUGAUUAACCUCGAAAGAAUCCCUAACUCCUCUUUAUAUAGACUAGAGAAGAGGGAAAAGUUACAAGAAAGUCAUUAAAAUGAAACAUUAUUACACAAGUGCCCUCUCAAGCCUAAUACUGAAUAUAAACACGUCUUAACAGUCUCCAACAUGUAGAAGAUGGUUGUUAUGAAGACAUCUACAUGUAUACAGCUGGCCCGAUGGUGAACUGAAACAGACUGGACCUUGGUAACUCAGAUCUCCUACCUUUGGAGGUCUUGCUGUAAGUGUUCGACAUCCUUACAUGUUCUCUGCUGGUGAUGAUAAGCAGGUUAAGUGUUGGGACCUUGAACAAAACAAGGUUUGGGACAUACGAACCAAAGCACAAAGUUUUGCUCUAUCACGGCAUGAAAACACAGUUUGCUCUGUUUUCACACAAGCUGUGUGUGCAUGUUAUUGAGCUUCCGGGCAUAGUUUUAGCUGUCACUUUUGUUCUGACCAGCCAUGUCCUCUGCUCUGUUUUAGCAGCAGUGUUCGUUGCUCUCCUUCAGGCUUAUUACCUUUAUAUAACUAUGGUCUUUGACCUCGGGUUUACAAUCAAAUUGCCGAGCAUUCCUAAAAGUAAUUGAUGGAUCAAGACAGUUCAACUAGUGCUUCUGAGCUUACUGGAGGAGGAAGUCUGUUCAUUGUCUACUGUUACUGUUCUUGAUUUUUUUUUCUGGUUCAAAUCUGUACUUUGCUAAAUCAGCAAAAUGUUAAAUGGCUUUUUUUUGUUUCUCACAGUUCUUUUAAUAUUUUUAUGUAAUUUUGAAACAUGUAAACAACGUCUUUUAUAAUAC